AUGCCGCUCGCCGCGGCGCUGCUGCCGGCGCUGCUGCUGGGGCUGCUGUGGCCGGGCGCGGUGCGGGGCCGCCCGCCCCCGAGCCGCCCGCCCGCCGCCGGGCCCCGCCAGCGCCGCUGGGACGCGGCGCUCUUCGCCCGCUCCGUGGCGCGGCUGCCGGCCGAGCGCCGCGACGGCGACUACCUGCUGGGCAUCAAGCGGCUGCGGCGCCUCUACUGCAACGUGGGCAUCGGCUUCCACAUCCAGGUCCUGCCCGGCGGCCGCAUCGACGGCGUGCACAGCGAGAACCGAUACAGUCUGCUGGAAAUCUCUCCCGUGGAAAGAGGAGUGGUGAGCAUAUUCGGUGUGAAAAGUGGACUCUUCGUGGCCAUGAAUAGCAAAGGCAAACUCUACGGAUCUACCCACUUCAAUGAUGAGUGCAAAUUCAAAGAGAUUCUCCUGCCAAACAACUACAAUGCUUAUGAAUCCAGGAUUUAUCCCGGGAUGUACAUAGCCCUGAGCAAAAACGGAAGAACAAAGAAAGGCAAUAAAGUAUCUCCCACAAUGACAGUGACACAUUUUCUUCCUAGAAUUUGAGAAAUCUCCCUUCAGAUCUACCUCAGCACGGGGGAAGACAGAGAAUGCAUUUGGGGAAAGGAAACAUGGUGCACUUUUACUGGAGAGUUUUAUGCAAGAGUAGGUGUAAGAUAUUUAAAUUAAUUAUUUAAAUAUGUAUAUAUUGCCACAAAAGUUAUUUAUAGUUCUGAUCUUUUUUUUUAUUUCUGAAAACAAAACAAACCUCCAACCCAAGGUAUUUCACUUCAUUGUGUAACAGUAGGCUUCUGCUUUGUGGUUUAUUUAAUUCAUUUUUAAGUUAUCACAGGUGUGCUGCUAUUACAUGUUCUAAAACAAGUGAAAUUCAAUUCCUAUAUUACAAUGUUUUGCACUGUUUGUGUGUUGUACAGUGUCUAUUGUUGUACACGUAUUUGUUUCUUAUGGUGAUUUUGCUCUUCUUUGUGUGUUUUUAAAACCCCUGUGAUUCCCAAAGAAGGUCUUGGUCUUUGAAAAUGAGCUGUAUAAACCUUUCCCAGUUCUGAUGCUAGCCUGUAGCCACACACAAUGUCUGACCUCCUUUGUGCAGUGUUGCUAUUUAAUUGAACCAGUAUCGGUUUACCUCUGGUACAGAAAGUGCAGCGUUGAAGAGCUACCCCACAAAUCUGUUUUUAGAUCUGCCAGUGUUGAACUCUGAACUUUCCUGCAGUCAGUCUUCCCAGUGCUACUAGGCAGCAGAGAGGCUUAAACAACUAUAUAAACUCAGUGGUUUUUUUAAAUUUCUGUUUAGAUAAAUAGGGGCGUACAAUCUUUUGUGGCCCUUAAUUGAAGUGUAUAUUUGAGAGGAUUGCUUUGCAUUAGGCUAAAAAAAAUGUGUCUCUGCCUCCCCCAAUGAAGACACUGUGAAAUAUGCUACUACGAGCAAAUUAUACCUUAUUCAAAUCAAAUUCCCUUUCAUAUUUGGAGACUAUAUUCAUUUUUUAAAGUCUGUGAAACACUAUAGUACUCAAAGUUUUUGAAAGGCAAAAUCAUUUGCUAGUUCUUAAGAAACAAGUUCUGUAGAUAGAAUUUAGGUUGAUUUCAGGUAAUUGAGGUUGUUCUAUACUAUUUUUAUUUUUUGGUGCAGUAUUCAGAUGGAGAAAUAUGCUGCUUUUUUCUAUGUCUCAUUCCCUGACAAAGUUGAUUCAUUUCUACCUCACUAACGCUUGAAGCCAGUCUCCUAACAAAAUCUGCACAGAAGGUACAUGCUUUCCUGCUUGGUCUUAUAAUUCUGGAGAGGGGCCAGGGGGAACAAUCCUUGUAAUCCCAAAUCUUUUUUUUUUCCAUAUGUAGCCAAAAAUAUUCAAGAUAGAGCUGGUUGCGUCCUAUUUGAGCCUUGUCACGUUUGAGCUAUCUUUACCCCAUGAUUUACUUUUAGUAAGGAUAAUCAUGGUGAAAAUAUUUGCAGACAGCUGUCAGGCUGCAGUACUAUAUCGUCAUCAAGUAACCCUAUAUUUUUCUUUAUAUAUUUUGCACGUGUAACUCAUGUCUCCAAAGCAAUGAAGGAAAAGACAGGUUUGAUUAUGGGAGAAUCACAAAAAGGAUCCUUUAUUUUUGCUUGCUUUCUUUCAUUUCUUUAAAUGACAUAUUAUCUUUGUGACAUCAAUACAUUAAGUUGUAACUGGGAGUAACCACAAUAUUUAGCGAAUUAGAAGAUGUUUACAGAUCAUCUUCCAAUUUGAACUAACUAUUUUUAACUACAUGCAAAUCUCAAGGCUGCAGGUAAUUUGAGUUUGGCUUUUUUUCUUUUUACAUUCCUAUACAAAAGUUUUUAUUCUAUUGGAAUCAUAUAGACUUGCCUACUUACAAAUGACCUUGAAGACAAAAUCUACUCACCAAAGUUCAGUAAAAUCACAGUAGAGCAGGAUCAGACCUCAGGCCAGCUUCUAUCAAAACAAAAAUAAUUAAAAAAAUGAAGCCAAAUCAAGAGAGCACCUCAAGAGGAAAUGUCAUGCCUAAGGAUUUUUUUUCUGUAAUUUGGGGGAUUUCUGUACUUUCUGUGUUUCCUAUAUGUGAGUGAUCAUUGUGUAAUUCUCACCACUACCUCUGACAACUGGUGAUUUUGUUCCAAGUUUCAGACAGCAAAACCAGAUCACAAAGAACUGGCCUGGGAAUGGUUCUUUGUCACUUUUCACUCCAUUGAAAUCCGCAACUGACAGCCUCACACAAGAUAUAUUCAGAGGUAGUAGUUGUAACGUUGAAAUAUUGUGAUAAAACCUUGAUAACAAUGUUACAUGGUAUGAGCUUUCACCAUUUACCAGAAUCUGUCUGUAGUUUUAUACAGGUGCUGUUCAAGACUGUGGUGUAUGUGCUGUGCACAUUUAAAUGCAUAAUAAAUGAUAAACGUUUACAACACA